UUUUUUGAAGUUCAAUUUCUGCUAGAGGACAAUAUGAAUGUUAUACCAUGUUCCAUUAAAACACUCAAAGGGUUAUACGAUAUAUCGGGUGUAGAGGUAGGCCAACAUUUAUAUUGGCAAAUAGGAGGUUUACAAAUCCAUGCCCAAGUACUUAUCACUUCUUGGGUAGUAAUUGCUAUCUUAUUAGGUUCAGUCAUUAUAGCUGUUCGGAAUCCACAAACCAUUCCGACCAACGGUCAGAAUUUCUUUGAAUAUAUCCUUGAAUUUAUUCGAGACUUAAGCAAAACCCAGAUUGGAGAAGAAUAUGGCCCUUGGGUUCCCUUUAUUGGAACUAUGUUCCUCUUUAUUUUUGUUUCUAACUGGUCAGGUGCUCUUUUACCUUGGAAAAUUAUACAGUUACCUCAUGGAGAAUUAGCUGCACCCACGAAUGAUAUAAAUACUACUGUUGCUUUAGCUUUACUCACGUCCGUCGCAUAUUUUUAUGCGGGUCUUAGCAAAAAAGGAUUGGGUUAUUUUGGGAAAUACAUUCAACCAACCCCCAUCCUUUUACCAAUUAACAUCCUAGAAGAUUUCACAAAACCUUUAUCUCUUAGUUUUCGACUUUUCGGAAAUAUAUUAGCCGAUGAAUUAGUAGUUGUUGUUCUUGUUUCUUUAGUCCCUUCAGUAGUUCCUAUACCUGUCAUGUUUCUUGGAUUAUUUACAAGUGGUAUUCAAGCUCUUAUUUUUGCAACCUUAGCCGCGGCUUAUAUAGGUGAAUCCAUGGAAGGUCAUCAUUAACUAGCUUUUCAAAUAGUCUUUUUUUUUUAAUUCUAUUAUUAAGCAAGCUUAUCCCACAUGAUUCAUGAUAAUCCAAUUGGAUGGGUAAGAUAAUAGUGUAUGAUUCCAUCAUCUAGAAUUGUAGGAGAAAAGAUAGACAAUAUUCCAACAGAAUUCUAAAAAAAAGAAGGGCUGGGGAGGUUAUAGUUAGAGUAUAAUAUAUGUAAUAAUGUCUAUAGGCUCUAAACCCCCGUCUAUUUUUCUAGGAAUUAUUCUAUUCCAGAAUCAAUUAAAAAAAUUAGGAUGGUUUACAUUAUGGAAGAAAAGAAUGGAUAUGUGAUAUUAGAAUCACAUUAAAUAUUUUUUAGUUAUAUGAGAUAAGUCUAUCCAUAAUAUCGCUAUAUUACAUAACUAUAUAAUAUUUAUUAUUAUAUUUAUUUUUUUAUUUUUAUUAUAGUAUUGUAAGGCUAUAAUUUAUAUUUUUCCUAAUUACAACCAAUCCUAUAAUCAUAAUCUGGAUCCUCAUUAUUCAUAUUUGUUAUGUUAUAUAUGAACAAUAUACAACAUAAAAUAUAUAUAUAUAUAUAUAUA